UUUUCUUUUCAGAAAAUGCUGCAUCAUCGAAAGUGAUUCAUGCUGUCCCUCUCUGACCUCGAACUAUACAACGUACAAUGGAACAGCACAAACCUCACCAUACAUACAGGCGACGUCGAAGAAAACUCGACACAAGUGACACAGCCAACCCUAACAGACACAAAGUGUAACAGUAAUCUAACUGACUGUGAAACGGCGUACGACACGUUCGAAUACGGUGUGGUUGUGCUACUGUUAAUGCUCAUAGUUGUGACGGUGAUCGGCAACACGUUGAUCAUUUCGGCCGUUGUGACGACUAAACGGUUGAGAACUGUGACGAAUUGUUUUGUGACGAGUUUGGCGGCCGCUGAUUUGUUGGUGGGGAUUUUUGUGAUGCCGCCGGCGAUUGCUGUGCAUAUUACGGGCAAAUGGGAACUCGGCUGGAUCCUCUGCGACAUCUGGAUAAGCUUGGACAUCCUCCUCUGCACCGCAUCCAUCCUCUCCCUCUGCGCCAUCAGCGUGGACCGCUACUUGGCUGUCACGAGGCCGCUGUCGUAUUCUAGAAGAAGGAGGUCCAAGAAGUUGGCGCUGACGAUGAUCUUCUUCGUCUGGAUCUCGGCUAUGGCUGUUACUUGCCCGCCUAUGUUUGGAUGGUACGAACCAGACCACAACCAAGGUGGAGUGUGCCGUUACAACCAGAACCCCGGCUACGUGGUGUUCUCCGCUAUGGGUUCCUUCUUCCUGCCCAUGGCUGUGAUGGUCUACGUGUACGCCAGGAUAUCCUGCGUAGUAGCCAGAAGGCACCACCAGCUGUCUACUACCACUAAAUGUAGUAAGAAAGGCAAGCUCUCCUGCAUCCGAACCGAAUCCGAUUCCGGAUCGGAUAAGCUCUCCCUACGGCAGAGUGCCUCAAAACAAACAUCAAAGUCCACCCAACAAAGCGACUGCUCAUCGCAAACCGACAAGUGCCCCUGCUGCUUCCACGCAGACAAAAAACGACCUAAAGUCAGGAAGGAGAAAGAGUCAAAAUUCUAUAACGAGGUCACGUUCAAAGCGAACUUCAAAUAUAAGAAUACGACCCGACAUCGAACGCAUUCCAUUCGAGAACAUUCGGAAAAUAACCGCGUAUCGUCUUUGAGGAGAGAAACGAAAACUGCUCAAACAUUAAGUCUAGUCGUUGGUGGUUUCGUCGCUUGCUGGCUGCCAUUUUUCCUCUACUAUCUGCUGACACCAUUUAUCCCUUCCAAUUAUGUUAAUCCAGUGUUAAUGUACAUUUUGACGUGGCUUGGAUGGUUUAAUUCCGCCAUCAACCCAUUUAUUUACGCGUUCUAUUCCCCCGAUUUUAGGUUAGCUUUCUGGCGGCUGACCAUCAGAAAAUGUACGAGGAAUAAACGCUAAUU